AUGAAGUAUCUUGAGUCAUGUGUGAAGACAAGGUACAUUCUCAGAGGUCAAUUGGCAAAAAUUGCACCGUUGGCAAAUGUCAAUAUCCGAGUCAACAUACCUACAGCUAAAGGUUCUUCACAUGACGACUAUGUUGUUGACAAAGACUUACCAUGGUUGAAGAUUGUAAUUGUCCACAACCACUUCAUGUUGAACGAAAGUCUUACAAACCCAUUGUUCGGAAAAGGCAAGUGCAACAUUGUCAGAGCUGUAAACAUUCUUUUCGAGAAAGGUUUGUUGGAACCAAUUCCAGAUGACAAGCUGACAGAAACUUUUGUACCAAAAGACGAAACAAACUUUUCAUUGUUAGCAAGACCAAAAGUUGUUCCAGACAAAGUUCUAGUACAAAAGAAGUACACAGUUCCACAAGGAGUUGGAUUGUUCGGAUACCAACCUGAACCAGAAGAACUUCCAAUGAGGUUGCAAGAACUUCAAGAUGCUAUAAACAAACUUCCAUUGAGACAUCCAAUUGACGUCAAAUUGUAUUGGAGAGCAUCUGAGUUAGGUCAGAAGGUUUUAUAUGAAACAGGUUGCUUCGACGAUGUUUAUGAGAUAACAGGAGAAGUUUCUCAGAAGAUAAGAGACUCACUUGAAUUUCCACAAACUGGACCAAUUGGUUGCGACAAGUUCGACUCAAACGAAAAGAUAUACAAUGUCGACCUUAACGCUGCAUACAUGAGGUUUGUCCAAUAUAUUCCGACUGGAAUUCCAAACGAAGAUGGUGAGUUCCCGGGAAGGAACUAUACAGUUGGAAAAGUCAUACAACAACUGUAUGAUAUUAGGAAAGCUUCAAACCCCAAACUUGCAAUGACACUCAAAUUGCUUAUGAAUUCGACAUGGGGAUAUUCCAUUAAGAAACCUCAAGAGAUGAAGAGUAAACAUUAUGAGAAG